UAGAACACUGUGUCAGUUUGACCUGGCUACACCAGAGACAACAUUGAGAGAGAGCUUUCUGCUGCUGUUUUACACUGAUUCAUUGAUUCACUUGCUUUAAUUAUUGUGUGAUACUGUAAAUCCUGUAUUUGCUCAACUAUUAUUCCAAAGGAGUCUAUUUUUAACACCUUUGGACCAAACAGAAAGCCAAUUUUGCUUGCUGAAGAUGGAGGUGAGAGGAGAGCGUAGGGGCUUCAUGGAAGCCGUAAGAUCCUUCUUUACUACCAUCAGAGACCGGAUUAGACAACGGAGAACACGGCAGAGAACUAAAAACUACCGGAUCUGUCGAAACCUGGCCAUGGCCAAGAUUGAGUCUGAGAAAGAAAGAAGACUGAAGAAGCAAGUGAAAUCUGGGUUUAAGGCCAAGAUGAACAAGAGGAGCCACUCAGCUAACAUUACAGCUGAAGUGGACAGCGCUAAGAACAGGAUACAGGAGAAGGAUGGAGCACCUACAGAUCUCCAGGAGAGAAUGCGGUCUGCUCUGCGGGCUUUUCGAGAGGGGCGCAAGCCACGCUGGGUGAGAGGCUGGAGAAAAAACAACAUGGAACCCCUGAACAUGGAGGACACUCCGGCUAGAGAGGAUCUCCAUGAGACUCAGACCAGAGAGGACCUCCAGAUUCAGACCAGAGAGAAUCUCCCUGACACUCAGGAUAGAGAGGAACUCCAUGAGACUCAAGCCGGAGAGGCUCUCCAUGAGAUUCAGAUGGGAGAGGAUCUCCAUGAGACUCAUUUUGGAGAGGAUCUCCACGACACUCUGGAACAGCUGGAAGAGGAUCUCCAGACUCAGGCCAGGGUGGAUAUCCAUCAGACUCAAUUUGGAGGGGAUCUCCAUGAGACUGACAGGGGAGAGGAUCUCCAGACCCAGGUCCAAACUCAGGCCAGGGAGGAUCUUCAUGAGACUCACGUUGCAGAGCAUCUUCAGCCUGCUGAACCAGCAAGUUGGGUUGUGACGUAUGGUCAGAUGUGGCAAGUAAUGGCCCAGCAAGGUGACUCUGUCAACUGCAGAGAGGACAUCCAUGCCAUUCAGGCUGGAGAGGAUAUACAACCUGCUGAACCAACAAGCUGGGUUAUGACCUAUGGCCAGAUGUGGUAUGGAAUUGCCCAGCAAGAUGGCCCUGUCAACUGCAGAGAAGAUCUCCAUGCUACUCAGGAUCUCCAGUCUGCUGAACCAGCAAGCUGGGUUGUGACCUAUGGCCUAAUGUGGCAAAAAAUGGCCCAACAAGAUGGUCCUGUUCUCCAUAAGACUCAGGCCGUGGAAAAUCUCCAUGAGGCUCAAGCCGAAGAGGAUCUCUGUGAGACUCAGGGUGGAGGGGAUCUCCAUGAGACUAAUGGGGGAGAGGAUCUCCAGACUCUGGUUGGGGAGGAUGGCCACACUCAGGCUCUGGAGGAUCUCCGUGAGACUCAAGCCGGGGAGGAUCUCUGUGAGACUCAGGGCAUAGAUGAUCUUUGUGAGACUCGGGGCGGGGAGGAUCUCUGUGAGACUCAAGCCAGAGAGGUUCUCUGUAAGACUCAGGGUGGAGAGGAUCUCGGCUGGGCUGUGACCUACGGCCAGAUGUGGCAAGUAAUGGCCCAGCUAGGUGACUCUGUCAACUGCAGAGAGGACAUUCAUGCCACUCAGGCUAGAGAGGAUAUUCAGCCUGCUGAACCAGCAAGCUGGGUUGUGACCUAUGGCCAGAUCUAUCAAAACAUGAACCAUGAGGAUGGCCCUUCCCUCUGCAGAAAGCCCAUUAUGAACUCGUGGCUGUGCUCUGUGAAUGCGGAGGAUUGGGUGAAGCGAGAGGUGCAGGACAUCAGUCCAUCCAAGCACAUGGACACUUUCUAAAGCGUCCUGCACAAUGUUUCCCAAAAGACCUGGGAGAAGACCUGCCCAUCUUUAUGUGACUCCAUCCUACAGUACAUCAUUGAGAAUGGCAAAGAAACUGACUACAGCUAGCCUACUAUCAUUCAACAGUUCAGCUGCCCUUCAAUUGAGCCAC